AUGGCAGAAGAAAAUCAAUUAGCUGUCUUUGAGGAAGAUACGCCUAUCACCCCAAUUCAUUCUCAAGCACCGACUAUGCAUGCGCCACCACCACACGUGUCUCCUGCAGGCGUGCCACCAGCACAUCGGGGAGCUUCCCCGACUCAUCUUCCGCUACCUGCAUCUUCGGGCCCACACCCAGCAUAUUCUGGAGGGCAGGCAUCUUCUACAGCUGAUGAUCGUGCACGUAUUGCAGUAUUUGAGAGCACGGUCAAUCAACUGGCUGCCACCAUGGCUACCAAUAUGGCUGAGCUCAUGGCCCUGCUCAAAGGCCCAAAUCGUGCUUCUUCGAGCUUCACCCCACCUCCUGGGUACGGGCCAGCGGUCGAUCCAAGCUCAUGGGCCCAGCCGACCUUGAUCCCCGAUAAUGGAGAUACACCUGCCCCAACGAUAGUGAAUGCAUCGGCGGCUCAUCCGGUUAACAAUCUUCCAACACCACCUACUUUAGCGACAAUGUUGGAACCACCUACGCUCGUACCUCCACCGAUCUUCACAUCAGUCCCGGUUCCGAUCUCUGCGUCGAUUCCAGCUCUGACUUCCGCUGUCCCACCGCCGAUCAUAUUCCUGCCUACAACUGCCCAGGCUCCUGCUCACACUGCUGAACCUCCCCCAGCUCCACCCACAAAUUUUCUCCCGGAAACGGGGACUGAACAGGAACAGAGAUUGAAGAAAUUGGAAGAGAAUAUCCGAGCCCUACAAUCAGGCGGCUCCCGCCUCGAUGCCGGCGACGGCGAUUGGAGUCUUUUCCCAGGUAUGCAGCUACCCCCAAAGAUUAAGGUGCCUGAAUUCCAGAGGUACUACGGCACGACCGACCCUCGUCACCAUCUCCGUCACUACAGGGGAAAAAUGUUGCAGUACUGGGACUACGAAGAGUUUGUCAUCCAUACGUUCCAGGAUAGUUUGGCAGGAGCGGCUCUGGAUUGGUACAUGUCACUGAAAGCUGCGGAUAUCCCCACGUGGUCAGACCUCUCAAGCAAAUUCAUCGACCAGUACAGGUACUGUGCGGAGACGCCCCCGACUCUGCUGGAGCUCAGCACGAUGGAGAUGACCGAUGACCAGGGCUUCGAGGCUUAUGCAGUGAAGUGGCGGGCUAGAGCAGCGAAGCACGUCCCUCCGAUCAGUGAGGCACAGCAGAUCCAAUUAUUCCACUCCACUCUUAAAGGGGCCUACUACUUGCACUUGUUGGCCCACACGUCUUUAUUCUCCAACCUUAUUGACGCCGGAAAGAAGCUCGACAUCGGCAUUAAGCUCGGCAAGAUAGAAGGUCCGGCCGAGAAAAAGGAAGGAGAGUCCUCGAAGAAGGCCGCCACUGGGACAGCGGGAAACAGAAGAGGGAAAGACACGUCCGUCAAUGCUGUCAACUCAGGGCGCCAGGCUCCCCAACAAUAUUCCAUAAGCUACACGCUCGCACCACCGACCACUCAAGCGUAUGCCCCACUUUCGGUGCAUUAUCAACAACAACCCCCAACGCAGCAAGCUUACUAUUCCGCUCCGCCGGCUUCCUUUCCGUCGCCGGUCCCGCAGCAAUACGCCCAUAAUUAUGCCCCCGCUCCUCCUCCGAUCCAACAAAGCAAGCCCCCGACUUCGAGAACUCCUCAGCCGGUGCAACGGGCUCCGGCUCCGCAGGACCAACAAGGCAUCGCAACACAAACGCGGCGUAAACAGUUCACACCUCUGCCGGCUCCGCUCUCCCACAUAUACCGGCAACUCCUCGCGGGUAACAAGAUCCGAUCGAUAGCACCUAACCCUGAUUUCGACCCAACCAUCCAAGAUCAGAGUCGGUGCUGCGAGUACCAUCAGGGCGCACCCGGUCACUCCACUGACAAUUGUUGGAAGCUACGGGAGAGGAUCCAACAGAUAAUUGAUGAUAAGCAGCUCACGUUCAACGCCGUCAAACCCCCGAACGUGCAAUCAAAUCCUCUUCCCGAUCACGGGUCGAGCUCGGGACCCAGCAUUAACAUGAUCGGUGUUUGUGCUAUAGGGGAGUAUGAGACCGGACAGGAGGCACCGGCCCCGUUUGUGAUCGAAUAUGUUCUUGCAGAAACUGUUAUAGGGUACGCAGGGUUCGAUGCCACGCCCGCCCCAUUCGUGAUAGAAGUCCCCGCACGAGAGCCAUAUCAAGACAGCAAGGUCCCGUGGACCUACGAAGGAAGUGUUGGGAACCUCGAGAGUCAAUUUAGCGUCAUGGGCGUGACGCGCUCGGGUCGAGUCUAUGAAAAUCCGAAGGCCGCAAACAAAGUGAAAGCCCUGGCAGUACCCGGAGUCGCCCCGGAAGCCUCGUCUAUUCCCCAGAAGAAGGUCCUGACAGCAACGCAGAUCCCCAAAGAGACGGCUCCGGAGCGGAUUGAGGAGACUAUCAGUUCGAUCUUCUCUAACAACAUUUCAUUCUCAGAUGAUGAACUUCCCUCAGAAGGGUGGGCACACUCGCGGACACUACACAUUAUGAACGUGGACUUUAACCGCAUCCAUCCGAGCAAGACUGCGGUUCGAGCCUUCGACGGCUCGCGGAGGGAAGUAAAUGGAGAGAUCGACCUGGUGAUCGAGGUGGGUCCCUGCACAUUCGCUGUUACAUUCCAAGUCCUAGACAUUCCGAAUGCUUUCAGCUUGUUGCUCGGGAGACCGUGGAUCCAUGCAGCUGGCGCCGUUCCUUCGUCCCUACACCAAAGGAUCAAAUUCAUCGCAGAAGAUCGACUUAUCACGGUCAAGGGUGAGGAGGACUACGCCAUUUACAAGGAGACAGCUGUCCCCUACAUCAGUAUCGGGGACGAUCAAAACCUCCCCUUCCAUUCAUUUGAAACAAUCUCCGUCAUUCGAAACUACGGAGAGAUCGAUCCAACCCGCGCUGACCGCAUGGUGGGGAAGGUUUUGCUGCGCCACAAUUACAUUCCCGGCACCGGACUCGGAGCACAUGGGCAGGGGAUCAACCGCCCCAUCGAGAUCAACAGGGACAUCCUGGUUCAGCCGCUCUCCUACUUCUUUCCUGGGCCUCCACACAUCGUCGGAGGUACUCUUGACGGUCCCUCCUCGGAUUCAGACAGCGAGCCUAUUGACCUGCCAAACAUAUGCGCCGUCACCGAGGAGACUACUCCAGGGGCUUACAUCCGCCUCGCGCAGGAAAAUGAAGAGCUCAACAACUGGACCUCAGUCCCGCGUUACUCGCCUGUAAUCGCCUAUGUGUAA